UGGACAUCGCCGACAUGCCGCCCAAGAGCUGGGGAUUGACGAUUUCCGUGCCUGCACGCAGCACAGGUGGAGUUGGCCCACUACCAAUGGCAGCAGCUACGACCUCGAAGUUUCAAUAACUGCCUCCUAAGCCUCCUAUGGACAGGUCAGCAAUUCGAACCUCAAUUGUUCGUGUAUCCAUCCGACGGCCCAUGAUACCGACCGGUACAUGCAACAUUGAAGACGGAUUACCAGUGCGUGCACGUCAGCAAACGUACCGCGUCAAAUCACGCACAACUUACGCAGUUUCCUGCAGACUCUCUGCCCUGCCCUGGAGUCAAUUGACCCUCAUGGCAAUUUGGCAUUGGCCCUGCCCUGCCCUGCCCUGCCCCGUUCUGUGCUCUCCUGUCCUGCUUUGGCGGCGCGGCAUAGCGACUCAGGUCAGCUGCCCAAGUGGCAAGUCCAAUCCGGAGAGGGAGGGGGGCGGCUGGACAGUUGCCAAUUGGCUUGUUACAACUCACAGCAUAGAAAGCGAAUCAGCUCCAACGGCUAAAUUGAUUGCAGCAUCCUCGUUUAGAGCCAGGCUGCCAGGCUGCCAGGCGUCAUUCUUCUCCUCACCGGCGUGGUGCCAAGUCUGCGGUGCCAGGCAAGCCCAGGUCUUCCCCUCAUGUCAGAUCGGUGCCAGAGAUGCAGGUUGGGCAACCACCGCCCAAUUACCCCAAGCACUUGUUUGAAAUAAGCUUCGUGUUUCAAUAUCAAGAAACAUUUUUCUUCCGCAUCUUUGUUUUCUCUGUUCCUCAUGUUC